CCGAGGUGGUGGAGGAGAGAGUGGAGAGGCCGUUUGAGAAGAUAGAGAGAGAGCGGGAGAGAGAGAAAGAGCGGGAGAGGGAACGAGAGAGAGACCGAGACCGAGAGAGGGAGGAGGUGAGGGAGAGAGACCGGAGGAAGCCCAGGAGGGAGGAAAUCGCUCCGUACAGCAAGAACAAAAGAGGGAGAAAAGAAGAUGAGAUGGACCCCAUGGAUCCCAGUGCUUACUCUGAUGCCCCGAGGGGGAAUUGGUCGACUGGCCUGCCGAAGCGUAAUGAGGCGAAGACGGGGGCCGACACCACGGCGGCGGGGCCUUUGUUCCAGCAGCGGCCGUACCCGAGUCCAGGGGCCGUGCUACGAGCUAACGCAGCUAACCAAAUCCCCAAAGAGUAACCAGAGAAACAACGCACAGAUCUACAGUGUACAGUUUGUCUUCCUUUGGCCGUUAGACUGACGUUUAGUUUUCAUUCUUAAACCUGUGUCUGGAGUUAAAGUGCAUCGACGCUCGUGUUAGAACAUUUGUAAAUAUGUGUUUUAUAUGACCUGUGUGACAGUGCCCCUUCAUUUGCUAAUAAACAUUACUGUGACUUUUA